UUGGGUUUGGGCAACACCUCAAACGCCUGCAAGAUGCUAAAGGAAGAUACGUUGUUUUUGCGUUUAUAUGAAGAACAACACGUCCUGAAAAACUCUGUAUAAUAUAUCCGAGUCAAAAUGGGUGAAGAAGCUAAGAUGCGAACCAGAUGCCAUCUUUUAGACCUGCCCUGGGAAGAUGUGCUUGUUCCACACAUUUUAUGCUAUUUGCCGCUGCAACACCUGGUCAGCCUGCAGAGGGUGAGCAAGCAGUUCCACAGCCUCAUCCAGGUGUAUCUGGCCAACUGCAGGACUUUCGAUCUGUCCCCGAUUGGACCAUGCAUUCCCAAGGAAGCAUUUUGCUCCAUGUUAAAGGACAACAAAGUUCUCCAGAGCCUGUCACUUCAGAACUGUUCAGACUGGGUGACAGACAAGGAGCUGCUGCCAGUUUUUGGCCAGAACCAGCAUCUGCAGAGAGUGGACAUGAGCGGGUGUGCUUGGCUCACCCGCCACUCCCUGGUGGCCGUGUCCUUGAGCUGCACGCACCUCCAGCACCUCGGCCUGGCGCACUGCGAGUGGGUGGACAGCCUGUCCCUGCGCAGCCUGGCUGACCACUGCGGGGGGCUGCAGUCGAUCGACCUCACAGCCUGCCGCCAGCUCAAGGACGACGCCAUCUGCUACCUGGCCAAGAAGUGUUUGAAGUUGAGGUCUCUAUCUUUGGCAGUCAAUGCCAACGUCACUGACGAGUCAGUGGAGGAGGUGGCCAAGAACUGCAGGGGCCUGGAGCAGCUGGACCUGACAGGUUGCCUAAGGGUCAGGAACCAGUCCAUCAGGACUCUUGCAGAGUACUGCCCAAAGCUGCAGUCCCUGAAGGUGAAUCACUGCCACAAUGUGACAGAGUCGAGUCUCGAUCCUCUACGGAAGCGCAAUGUUGUGAUAGACGUUGAGCCGCCCUUACAGAGGGCUCUGGUACUUCUUCAGGAUGUGCUGGGGUUCGCUCCAUUUAUCAAUCUCCAGAUAUAACCAAAGGGCCAUCUGUCUGCCCAACACAGGUAGGUAAUAUCAGCAGUAUAUCUACUGUAUGAGCUUAUGACAUGUUUAUAUCCAAAACUGACUGUCAGAUACCAAAACAGGGCCAGAACUCAACGACGGUGAAUUUAUUACUAAGAUAAAUAGAUAAUGUCAGUUACAGUCAAUCAGUUGUAAUCAACAAUUGCCUGUCUUUGUUACAGUUAUCUUCAUAACUGCAAUCACUCUCAGCUGCAUCACAUGGGCACAGGAGUUGCUCUGAAUAUGUCAAGACAAUCCAGGAAGAUCUGGAUGUGUUGCGCUCACGUUUGUGCAGCUAAAUAAUGUGGACAAAAAAAAAAAAAAAAAAAAACAA